AUGCAUUUAGGGACCGAAUCGUCUAUAUCUCCAAAUAACUGGGAAUGGAUGGCGCGGCCGACUGCCCCAGCCGUUGGAAAUAUGCCUUUCCAAAUAAACCAAACUGUACAGGAGGCGCCUUGUGUGCCCUUGCUAUCCCAUAGCGAUGUGGCAUCAUACAUUGAAACUAUCGUCAACCCUAAAUCAACGGCGCGGCCUCGAUUCGAUUGUCCAGCCAUCAACGUGCGACGUUACCAACACCUCCAACCUCACCCAAAGUUCUUUGAAAAGACCAAGUUUCACUACAUGUUCGCCCUGGACCUCCGUGACGAGGGCGUGGAACUCCUGCCGCGACUUUUGGCCUCGGUUAUAGAAGCUAUGCGAUUCCUCGGGCCCUCCUACUGUGCCCUAUCGCUAGUUGGAGGCGGAGGCACACCAGACGGCGUUUACGAUGUACUGCAGGCACUUCGCCCCAAAAUAGAGGGAAUGGGCGCCAAAUAUUACCUGCGCCAUCCUGCCAUUUACCCCGGAACCGAAGGCGAAGACCGGAUUAUGAACCUCGCACGACUCCGCAACCUUGUUUUGGCACCCCUGACGAACCCGUCACCCCAGGACAGCGGCCGUUACACAACCGAAACGACUAUUAUUUUUAUUAACGAUGUCGCCAUAUGUACUGAGGAUAUACUCGAACUCGUACAUCAGCGGAAAGUGCAGGACGCCGACAUGACCUGCGCCAUGGACUAUAUAUUCGAGGGCACCUUUUACGAUAUCUGGGUUUCGAGGACGCUGGCCGGAGACACCUUUUUCAGGGUUCCACAUAACGGCAGCUGGGAGUUUUCGGGACAACUCCUGCCCAAUUCCAGCGACGCUCUUUCUAGGGAGCGUUUCGACGCCCGCCGGCCCUUUCAGGUCUUUGCGUGCUGGAAUGGUGCCGUGGCCUUCCAUGCCGCGCCACUUUUUCGGACGGCGAUCCGACCCGGAAUUAGCUGGAGCAGCGACGUCGCCGAUCCACGGCACAAGGCCGACCCCGUCAGGUUCCGGAGAAAUAUGGAGCAGGAUGGAGAGUGUUAUAUGGGCGAGCCGACGCUCUUCGCCAAAGAUCUUUGGUAUCGCGGCUUUGGAAAAAUAGCUGCGGUGCCGAGCGUAGCUUUAUCAUACACUAUGUCCGAUGGGGAGAAAAUAAAAAAGGUGAAAGGUUUUGUUUCGGACGUUGUGGGGGAUAAGGGUCCGGAGCUGGAUGAAACUCCAAUUCCGGAGAGGAUAAGUUGGCAGUUAACUCCGCCAAAGGAAGUUUUGUGUGCUAGGACGUGGCAGACGCAGAAAUGGGUUCCUUGGGAUCAAUCUCUUCACGAAACCAGCGAAAAGAACUGA